UGUACAGAACAUUUGAAGAGGCACCUGAGCACACAUGGUUCAAAGAGAAACAGUGCCCAGAUCCCAUCCUUCCAUAUGGUCUGCUUUGUAUAGUGAUUUUCCUGAGACUCACUCCUGAGGCAUGGUGCAGGGAUGGAUGUCAUUUCCCAGGUCUCCUAUGAAAGUCACCCCACUUAAAUUCCACAGGAUAAAGGAGUACCUCCACCACAGUUAGAACCUAAGGCUUUAUUGGCCAGAAGAAUAAAUACUUCAGGACCCCAUGUAAAGGGAUACUAGCAAUGUUCUGGGCAUUGUGCUCAGGAGCAGUGUAGUGUCUGGGCCCAGAGGAAAUGUACCAUCUGUUGAAUUUGCUCCUCAAUCCACAGGUCCUGACUCCCCAGGAGCAAUCGAAUCAUGUGAAACAGGAAGAAGCUGCAGGGUUGAGUAUUAGCAUUUUCAUGACACCUGACUGAAGACAGAUUUAUCUGAAGAGAAAUUUAGAACAGACCCAGAUACACCAAGACAGAGCUCUGCCAUUGCCAGCUCUUUUCAGGGAACAGAAGAAAAUGCUACAGGCCCAGGAUCCCCUGACAUUUCACGAUGUGGCUGUGGACUUCACCUGGGGGGAGUGGCAGCUCCUGGACUCCAAUCAGAAGAACCUGUACAGGGACGUGAUGUUGGAGAACUACAGCAACCUGGUGUCAGUGGGGUAUCAAGCCAGCAAACCAGAGGCACUCUCCAGAUUGGAACGAGGGGAAGAACCAUGGACAAUACAGGAUGAACUUCACAGUCUAGUCUCUCCAGAACUCAGGAAAGUUGAUCAUCCUCUGCAGCAUCACCUGCAAAGUCAAAGCACUCAGAAGAAUGUAGACCAAUGCUGUGAACAUAAUAUGUUUGCAGAUAUUGUUAUUCAGAGCAAAAGGAAAUACCUACUAAAGCAAAAUCACAAUAUGUUUCAGAUAUGUGACAAACGUUUAGAAUCAAAUUUAAGUUUUGAAAACCAAAACAGAAGCUAUAACUUGAACUCUGUUGAGUUGAAUGGAGAUGGGACAUCCAUUCUGUAUGCUAGCAAUGGACAAUUUUACAGUGAAAUCACAUUGCCUGUCAGUGCCAAAUCCAUUAAUAAUAAGUCCCAGAUCAUCAUAGAGAAAGCCCACUUAUGCAUUACAUGUGGGAAAGCCUUCAUGAAGAUAUCUCAGCUCACUGAUCAUCAGAGAGUUCACACCAGAGAGAAAAUUUAUGGGUGCAGUCUGUGUGGGAAAGCCUUCAACAGAAAAUCCAGGCUCACUGAACAUCACAGAAUUCAUACAGGCCUGAAACAGUAUGAAUGCACUGAAUGUGACAAAACCUUCCUCAAGAAAUCACAGUUCAAUAUACAUCAGAGAACUCACAUGGGAGAGAAACCUUAUACAUGUAGUGAAUGUGGGAAAGCAUUCAUCAAAAAGUUUUGGCUCAUUUGUCAUCAGCGGACUCAUACAGGUGAGAAACCAUAUGAGUGCAGUCUAUGUGGGAAGAACUUCUGUACAAAGUCUAAUCUCAAUAAACAUCAAAAAACUCAUACAGGAGAGAAACCUUAUAUAUGCAGUGAGUGUGGAAAAGCCUUCAUUGAGAAGAAUCAUCUUAUUGCACAUCAUCGAACUCAUACAGGAGAGAAACCCCACGGAUGCGGUCUGUGUGGAAAGACCUUCCAUACAAAAUCUAAUCUCAAUAAACAUAAAAAAAUUCAUACAGGAGAGAAACCUUAUAUAUGCAGUGAAUGUGGAAAAGGCUUUAUCGAGAAGAGGCGUCUCAUUGCACAUCAUCGAACUCACACAGGAGAGAAACCCCAUGGAUGCGGUCUGUGUGGGCAGACCUUCUCUACAAAGUUCAGUCUCACUAUACAUCAGACAACUCAUACAGGAGAGAAACCUUAUAUAUGCAGUGAGUGUGGAAAAGGCUUUAUCAAGAAGAGUCAUCUGAUUGCACAUUACCGAACUCAUACAGGAGAGAAACCUUAUACAUGCAGUGAAUGUGGGAAAGGCUUCUCAACGAAGGAUUGCCUUAUAGGACAUCAGCGAACUCAUACUGGACACAAGCCCUAUGUAUGUAAUGUGUGUGGAAAAGGCUUCACCAUGAAGCGUGAUCUCACUGUACAUCAGCGAAGUCAUACUUCAGAUAAACCAUAUAUGUGCAGUGAAUGUGGAAAAGGCUUCAUUGUGAAGCGUGGUCUGAUUAUACAUCAGCGAAUACACACAGGAGAGAAACCCUAUGUAUGCAGUGAAUGUGGAAAAGGCUUCCCAGUGAAAAUGCAGCUGAUUGUGCAUCAACGGACUCAUACAGGAGAGAAACCUUUUUUAUGCAGUGAAUGUGGGAAAGGCUUCUCAACGAAGCAUUGCCUUAUUGGACAUCUGCGAACUCAUACUGGAGAGAAGCCGUAUGUAUGUAAUGUGUGUGGAAAAGGCUUCACCGUGAAGCGUGCUCUCACUGUACAUCAGCAAAGUCAUACUUCAGAAAAACCAUAUAUGUGCAGUGAAUGUGGAAAAGGCUUCAUUGUGAAGAGUCGUCUGAUUGUACAUCAGCGAAUACACACAGGAGAGAAACCCUAUGUAUGCAGCGAAUGUGGAAAAGGCUUCCCACAGAAAAGUACUGUAGGUAUCCAUCAGCAAACUCAUACUGCAGAGAAGCCAUACAAAUGCAAUAGGUGUGAAGGCUUCAGGAAGAAGACAUGCCUUGUGCAACAUCAGAGAUUUCACUCAGGAAAGACUUCCUUUGCAUUUACUGAAUGUGGAAAAUUCUCAUUGAGCAAAAAUGCCAUUAUCCAUCAGAGCAUUCACAAGGGAGAGAAAUCCUGUGAAUCUAAUGAAUGUGGGAAACCUUUCGCUACAACCUCAGGACUCAAUGUUCAUCAAACAAAACAUAUAGGAGGGAGGCCAUAUGGGUGCAGCGAUUGUGGGAAAGCUUUUGCCCACUUGUCAAUUUUUAUUAAAUAUAAGAGAGCUCACAGGUAGUUACUUUGGGGAGAGCUUCUUGCCAGUUCUAGGCCCUCAAGAUAAUAGUAUGCAAUGAAGAAUAACUUAAUGCAAAAAGAGAAAGAAAAAAUAAGUUAAUGCAAGGAACGUGGUACUGUCUUUGUUGGUCAAUUAUCUCAUAUUUUAUAUUGGAAAAAAUUGUAAAACUCAGAGAUAGUCAGCCUUGAUGAAAAUAUUUUAGGACAUUAUAUGUCUUAAAAAUUUAUACAGACUAGGAAAUUCUUUAAUGAGAAGUAGACCCUAUCAUAUGUGAUUAAUAUUAGAUAUCAUGAGUGAAUGAAUGAAUGAAUAUUUCUAAUUUUGGGAAAGCGUCUGCCCCAAAGUAAUACCUCAGUAGAUGUCAGUUCACACGAAAGAGAUACUUUUCUCUGGCAGUGAAUAUAGCAUGGUUUGCAGUAAUUUAUGUUGCCUCAUCGUUUGCCAGGAAAUCCAUGUAGAUUUCAAAUAACUUAUGAAAACAUCCAAUUUGGUGGUCUUUAGCAAAACUUCAGAUAACUUAGUGAAGGAGAAAAGCCUUGAAUGAAAACACAUUCUGUCACAAGUCUAAACAAGUAGUUUACCUCACAAGAAAUUGUGGACAGGAUACCUUCAGCUAUAAUUUUAGUUGCCUUGCCAUUGACUUUAUAAGUUUUAAACAGUUGCAGGUACUGUCAUCAUGGAUUAAAGUUUAAUAUAUACAACACAGGAGUGGUCUUAUGCCUGUUUCAUUAUGUAACCAAUUUUUGCAUUUUAGUUCCAAGUUUGUGUUAUUUCAGAAUACUUGAAGUACUUGAAAAUGAAAGUGAAUAUAUUCAUUUCAUAAGGAUAACAACAUAUCUUAAUGUGUUUAACCAUGUUUAUAAGUAGCAUCAGUGGUAUAUAAAAUUAAUAUAAAUAUAAUGGUUUUUUAAAAAUAACUUUUACUUUUGAAAUAAGUUUAGAAUCAUAAAAACUGAAAUUUUGUACAGAUUUCCCAAAUGCCUUUCAGGUGGCUAUUCCCAAAGGUAAAACCUUACAUAGUCACAGUUCAUUAUCAAGUAGAGGAACGUGAAAUUGUUACAGUGCUGUUAUCUACAGGAUUUAUUUGUAUCUUCAGUUUUAACAUGAUCUCAGUUUUGUUUGGUUUUUAUAUAGUUUGAAGAAACUUUAUCACCUACAUAGGUUAUUGUAACCAACACCACAGUAGAUAUUCAGAAUUUUUUGUUAUCACAAACUCCCUUCAUAGUCCCAUCCUUUUCCCAACCCUAACUUUUGGCAUCACAAUUCUCUUUGUAUCUAUAAUUUUGUCAUUUAUACAAUAUCAGAAAAAUGGAGACAUUUAGCAUGAGCCAUUUUGAAGUUGGCUAUUUGACCUUGUGAGAUAUAAAAAAUACGUAUGUGCAUCCUGGUCUCUGUCCACAGUACCUGGAACAGAACUCCUGAAAUCCUUGUAAAUUUGUAAGUGACAACAGCACUAGGAGCUUCUUUUGUUUCACUGUGGCUACUCUGGUUGGAAACUAUCCCCCCCACACACAUCCAGAGAAGGGUGAGAGUCUGGAAAUGGAAUUAAUAAUCAAUCAUGCCUAUUUUAGGAACCCUCCAUGAAAAUCCCAAUAGGAGGAGGUUUGGAGAGCUUCCAGGUGUUUGAAGACAUCCAAGUAUGAGGAGGGCUAUGCACCCUAACUUCAUAGGGACAGAAACUCCUGUGCAUAAGACCCUCCCAGACCUCGCACUAUGUAUCUCUUCACCUGGUUGUUUAUCUGUAACCUUUAAGAUACUCUUUAAUAAAGUUGUAAACAUAA